AUGAGACCCUCAACCUAUAUCUGGGCGCUGGUGCUGGCGGUGACCACGCUGCUGGCCCCCGUGCACGCUGAUCUAAGUUUUCUGGAUCUCGACAAGCCCGAUACCGUCGACAAGGCUCUUGCUCUCAUUGCUGAGGGUCUUUUGGACUACUACCAGGGCUUCACCUAUGGAGGAACCAUUGGAAUGUUUGUGCCUCCCUACUACUGGUGGCACGCUGGCGCCGCCUGGAACGCCAUGAUCGAGUACUGGCACAUCACUGGCAACUCCACCUUCAACAACAUCACCUUCGAGGCCAUGAAGGCCCAGCGAGGAGACAAGUACAACCUCAUGGUGCGAAACUACUCUUCUUCCGAGGGUAACGAUGACCAGGGAGUGUGGGCCAUGACCAUGAUGACAGCUGCUGAACGAAACUUCACCAAUCCCGACGACGACUACGGAUGGCUGUACGUUGCUCAGGGUGCCUUUAACUCCAUGGCUGACCGAUGGGACACUCAAGUGUGCGAUGGAGGUCUGCACUGGCAGAUUUUCCAGUGGAAUUCUGGAUACGACUACAAGAACGCUAUUGCCAAUGGAGCUCUUUUCAACCUCGCUUCUCGACUGUACAGAUACACCGGUAACACCACCUACCUCGAAUGGGCCGAAAAGAUCUGGACCUGGUCCGAAAAAGUCAAGAUCAUCGACGGUGGCCACGUCUACGAUGGUAUCCAUCUGCCCAACUGUUCUGAUCGAUCUCCCUACCUCUGGACCUAUAACUCCGGUAUCUACAUGUCCGGAGCUGCCUCAAUCUACAACGCGACCAUGCUUCGAAACGGCACUAACGCCACUCUCGAGGCCUCCGUAUGGAUGAACCGAACCUACCAGCUGUGGAAUGCUGAUAUCAUGAAGGGAAUUUUCUUUGGCGGCAACCAGAGCAACAUCAUGGUGGAAAUCGCCUGUCAGCAGGUCACCAUCACCUGUAACCAGGAUCAGAGAACUUUCAAGGGUAUCUACUCGUCGCUUCUUGGCCAGACCGCUCAAAUGAUGCCUUCUCUGGCUGGCUCUAUCCUGUCCUACCUGCGUCCUUCGGCCUAUGCUGCUGCUCGAACCUGUUCUGGAGGUUUUGACGGACAUACUUGCUCCAUCAACUGGCUCACAGGCGAGUACAACGUCUCGUACAUUGGUCUCGGAGAGCAGCUGUCAGCUCUGGAAGUUAUUCUCAACACCCAGAUUCUCAACUCCACUGGUCCUCUGACCGAUAUCACCGGAGGAACCUCCAAGGGUAACGGAUCUGCCGGAACCCAGGGAGACAACCCCUUCGGAACAAGCCAGGACGAUGCCAGUCCUUUGGAUAUUCAUGGAGGAGAUCGAGCAGGUGCCGGUAUCAUCACUGCUGCGGUCGGUAUCAUGUUGAUUCUGGUCUUCUGGUUCCUCAUUGUUUAA